AAAGAAAGAGCAGGAUAUUCAAUCUGUUUAUGGCGGAGAGCGCUUUCCUCUUCUUUCUUUUUAUAAAAAAUGAUGGAUUUUGGAGUCCGUUGCUAUUCACAAAUUUGGACUUUAUUCCACUAAUUCUCUAUAAUUUUCUGAUAUUCUUCCUUGAAGGACCUACCGAACGGUGCAUGUUACAUUCAGUUUUUCUGUGAAAACAUGAAACUUACAUGUUGUGGGAAGUAUUUUCUUUUAAUUCCAUCUUCAUCUCCUGUCUAUUAUCUAGGUGUACAAAAUGAUUGGAUCUUUUCUCACCAGAGGACUCGUAAUGGUUUUUGGCUAUGCUUAUCCUGCUUAUGAGUGCUAUAAAACUGUUGAAAAGAAUAAACCUGAAAUCGAGCAACUUCUCUUUUGGUGUCAAUACUGGAUUUUGGUGGCUGUCUUGACAGUUUGUGAAAGAAUUUGUGAUGCUUUUAUUUCAUGGGUUCCAAUGUACAGUGAGGCUAAGUUGGCAUUCUUUAUAUAUCUAUGGUACCCCAAAACCAGGGGCACUUCAUAUGUCUAUGACUCCUUCUUUAGACCAUAUCUCGCAAAGCAUGAGAAUGAAAUUGAUCGCAGUUUGCUUGAACUGAGAACUAGAGCUGGAGAUAUAGCACUUUUAUACUGGCAAAGAGCAGCAAGCUAUAGUCAGACAAGAAUUUUUGAGAUCUUCCAGUAUAUUGCCGCACAAUCAACUGCGAGGCCCCGCGCUGCUCAGCCACAGAAGCAGGGUCCUAAGGCUCGUCAACCUCCUAAACGCCAGCCAGCUCCUAAAGCACAGGCAGAGUCCGAAGAACCAUCAUCUCCUUCAUCGAGUUCAUCUUCAACUCAGCACCAAAAUGAGGUAGUAGAAGAAGUGGGGCCUUCUCAAGCUAAAGCAGCUCCUCCUGCGACAGCUCCUAAUGCUGGACCCGAAACUUCAAAUCAACCUACGGCAACUGAAGAUGAAGAAAUGAUUGAGCCAGUGCCACCUUCUGUAGAUGAAGAUGAAAAUCCGCCCCCAAAAGAGUCAAUCAUGGAUGAAACAAUUCGGGUUACACGUGGCAGAUUGAGGAAAUCCCGAUCUGGUCGAACACAUUGAAGAACAAUUUCACCCUCCCUACAGUUUUUUUAGAGGACAGAACUAGUUUUUAGUGAUUAGGUGGACAAUGAUUGGGAAGUUGAAGUAUUGUUUGUUGACAAUUCUGUAAAUUUGUUGCUAUUUUUUUUUUUUCCCCUAUUUGAUUUGUUGCUUUAUUUUUUCAACGUGAUAGUAGAUUACCCUGUCUUGGUGGGUGGCCCUCAGGAUGCUACUGCCCAGCAUGGUAACAUGCUGGAUUUUGAUGCCUUUCUCGACCUUUGGCCUUAGCUCAAGGGCGAUGCGGGUGUUCCAUGUACAGAAUUAAAAUUACCAGAGAAGUGGAGCUGCCUCCCUUGAUA